AUGCAUCGUCUUUUUACUGAGCUGGAGCCAUCUAUUACCGUCACCGAACAAAACUUGGCAGACCGAGUUCGCUAUGUCUUGCGCUCAAAUAUAUUUGAUGGCGCCGAAUUCGAACGGCUACGAUGUGAGGCUGUUCCCUCAUCAGAUGAAAAUGCUACGGCUGAGGAUGCGGUGCCACAAGUUGCAGAACAACCCGCACACGUGGUUGCCGCCGUGAAUACCCCAGUGGUAGCUGAUUCAAUGAUGGAACAUUCGCCCAGGAACGAGAAAUAG